CCCGUGCUGCUGCGGAGCCUGCUGCUCCUGGCCGUGCUGGCCGCUGGCUACGGCUACUUCACUCUCCUGAUUGGCGACACGCGGACGCGCCUGGCACGCCUGGGGCUCUUCUGCAGCGUCUUCACCAUCAGCAUGUACCUCUCGCCACUGGCUGAUCUGGCCAAGAUUGUCCAGAGCAAGUCGACACGCUGCCUGUCCUUCCCCCUGACUGUCACCACCUUCCUGGCCUCCACCAGCUGGACACUCUACGGCCUACAGCUCCGUGACCCCUACAUCAUGGUCCCGAAUGUGCCGGGGAUCAUCACCAGCGUCGUGCGGUUCUGGCUCUUCUGGCGGUACCCACCGGGCCAGGACAAGCCCUACAGACCCCUGCACGCCUGAUGGGGCCCUGCUGGCCCCCAUGUGCUGGCAGAUCGAUGAAGGAUUCCUCCCAACGCUCGCCAGUCUGCUCCGGCGUGGACUGGCCCCAGCCACUGAGCCUCGAGUGCCACCGCGGCGCCG